AUGGCACCCAGAAAGGUUACCAUGAAGGACACCGCCAAAAAGCCCACCAUCAAAAAGCCCACCACCAAAAAGGCCACCGCCAACCAGGACCCCAUCCGGAAUGGAAGGGAGCACACCGUGACCUUGCCCCCCAAUGUCGAGAUGUCCAACAGCAGCUCCUCCGAGGUCUCCAAGGUUGAGAAGGAGCCAAAGGCUGACUCUGCCACCUACAUCAUCCGAGAUAUCCCCACAGAUCCUGCUGACGCGAUUUCUCGCAUGCGUUCGUUGCAGGACCCUCUCCGAGAGGCUGCACGCACUGCCUGUACCAUUGUUGCUGAUGCCGAGGCCGCCUGUGGCCAGGGCAUGACUAGGAGAAAGCAGAAGGAAGUGAAAGCCAAGUUCGACGAACAGGUUGACAAGGUCGGCAAGGCCAUGAAGGCGCUCAACGACUUCAAGAGCAGCAUCACAAACCUCGCUACCAAAGAGAUUGUUGAGGACCGUGUCAGCGUCGUUGCCUUUGGCAACAACGAUGUACGCAAGCCCUCCUUGCCUUUUGGUGAGUACAAUCGCCGCGCCAGCAUGGACGCUGUCGCAGCAGGCAAGAUGACCAAGGAAGAGUUCGCUGCGGAGGUGACCCAGGAACUUCUCAAUGCCACCAUGCGUCUUCUUGGCGGCCUGGUCCGCAAUGACGAGGCUCUCGAUGCCUCUAUUGCAGUCACUUCACUGGAAACCGUGAUUGGCAAACUCAUCGACCCCACUUUCUCUGGCGGCAGUGACGUUUUCGAGGCUAUUUCCUCGAUUACAACACCCGCUGGUCUGCCCGUGUUCGUUGCCGGUUCGCUCCUGGAGCAGCAACACCGAGUAAUUCACAAGGAGGUGUUCGCUGAGUUGGUGGCUCUGAAGAAGGCGGGAGAAGAGCUGCCGAUGGCCUUGAAGAAAGCGGGGAAGGUUGAUGUGGAGGAAGAGAAGAAGGAGAAGGAGAAGAAGGAGAAGGGGGAGAAGAGAGAGAAGAAAGAGAACCAGAAGGUGGAGGAGACGGAGAGAGCGUCCGUGCCGAGCGCGGCAGAGGUGGAGGGCAUGGGCAAGGGCAAGGGCAAGGUAGCGGCAUUUGAUGGCUGCUGGGAUCCGGCCGAGAUUUGGCAGGAUGUGAACGCGCAGCAUAUGGCGGCAGCCAUGGAGGGGACUGAGGAGGAGGACGACAACGACGAGGAUGACGACGAGGGGGAGGAGGGCGGGGAGGAGGAGGCCAAGGCGGUGAAGAAGCCCCGCUUGGUGAAGAGGCUACAAAUAACGUGGUAG